AUGCGACCACGACUACGAUGGCUCGGCCCGUCGUCGUGGUUGACCCUUCUGAUCGUCCUGACGUCGUCGUUCAUCGACGGAUCCCCCACGGAGGAAGUCUUUCGCGGCUUGUUUCCAGUUCAGCCGCCACACUGCUCGAAAACACCGAUUGUGAUCGCUCAAACUUCACAGAGUUCGUUUCAGACUUUCUUUUGAUUGCUUCGAAGUCUCUUUGGAGGAUAGCUGCCGGAAAUAACUCUGAUUUUUAUUUAUUGAAGGAGAUAACAAGGAAAAGAUGCGAAUAUCCUAAAAACUUUGAUUAAAUUAGCUAAUUUCUAAGUUUUUUUCGAUUUUUUUCAUCACCCCAAGUUUUUCUUUUUAGGUGCGAGUGAUUAAAAAAAUUUAAUUUUUUAAACCGAUUUUUCGACUCUAUUUUUACUCUUUCAUUUAAUUUUUUUCUAGAGAAGCCUGGGCUUUAGAAACGAAAUUUUAUGUCCCAUCAUGAGUUUAGCUACUCAGAGAUGUCUCGAUGCGUCACGGUUGCGUAGCGGUUUAAAAAAACGCUGAAUUUCAUGUCAGCCCUAACCGCAACGCUUCCAGUCAUUCUAAGUUAACCAAAAACUUACAAGCUUUCUUCAGAAUCAAUAUAGAUUUGAAGCUUAGGAUAUUAGUUGGAAACAAUCACCAAAUGCUACUUGAACUUCAAAUUUUAUCGUUUACUCUAGCAGUUCAUAAAUCAAGACAAUUUGUCAACCUUAUCAUAUCACGAUAAAUCAAUGAGACAGUCCGUUCAUGUCUAUCCAUAAAAAAAUAAAACGGUUGGCCGCGAUUUCACAAAACAGGCUCGAUGACUAAUGACGGUGUGUCAUCGUUUUCUUCUGAUGAUGAGAACUCUCUCUUUUUUAUCAUUUCCGUUUAUUGUUCUGGAAAAAAAAGAUGAACAAUACUUGUGAACAUAAUAAUAUGGGUUUUUCUUGGAAGAGAAAAGAGUUGGAAAAAAAAGGAAGAAUUUGUUCUCAGAUGCCCACUCGGCAAUAGCAAGAGGCAUGCAAAUGCAGUUCUACAUUGGACUUCACACGGCCGUUUGUUUUCGGUUACAUGAAGGUGGGCUUAAUUAAUUUUUUCAAUGAGGAGAGAAGUCGAGUAAUAAACAGUUUUCAGUGAGAAUUCAACCAUUCAAAAUUCAAUUUCUGAGUAAAUUUUCAAAAUUUCAAAGGAUUGAAAAGAUCUUUUUUUCAACUUAUCAUGUUGAAAAUACGAUUCCGAAAAAAAUUAAUAGCAGAAGUUGUAUCGAAAAAAACUUCAGAGAAUUUUUGCAAUUAAAUAAUGAUGACUCGAUUCAAUUCAAGUUUCAAAACUCUCAACUUGCAAAAAUUUUUUUAUCAAAUAAAUUCAUUUUUUUCAGGUCUUAAGUUUGAAAAAAAGUAUAAAUAACUCUUUUAACAGUUGCCUUAUCAUAAUUAUAUGCGUGGAAAUGGAAAUUGAGGAAAUUUAUUUAUCGAUUGGUAUCUCACGUGGUCGCACAUGGAAUGGAGAGUUGCGUUGCGGUUCAGUUCAAAUAUCUAAAUUCGCCUUCGAGGUUUCCGUGACCCUUUUUGACAGUGACCGCGAAGCUUUGAGCCAUUCCAUGUGCGACCACGGAAAAUGCUGAUUUUUUAUAAUUUUUUUUCCAUUAAGGUCUUCCGCUAGCCUCAAACUUCCUGGAAGGUGAAGGAAAUCAAACAUCUCUCCUGCACACGAUACGGCUAGACCGACUGGAGCAUCAUCAUCCGGUUAGUUUAUUUCUCAUGUUAUACCAAUUUUCACUCAAAAAACUUUUCUGGAUGUCAAACUUCCAGAUUACCCAGCGGUAUCAUUUCGGAAUCCCAGAAGUCCAUGCCGAAUGCAUCUGCGAGUGUGAAUCGACGUCGCCAACGUGUACUGCCGAAUCUCAUCAGUUCACCGCCUGUCCAGAGUCGGAAAAAGAUGAUGGGGUGCGUUUUUAAACAGAGAAAACGCUGAUAAACCACGUAAAAUUCAAAAAAAGGAUUUUCCAAGUCGGGAAAUAACUGUGUUGAGACGUUGAAAGCUAGGGCAAGCUUCAGAAAUUAAAAAAAGAAUAUAGUUGAAGGCUAUUAGAUUGUAAAAAAUUCCUAAAAAUACACACGAAAUAAAAAAUCGAACAUAACUAGGUAGAAGUCUCGCAAAUUCCUUCAAAGAAAAAGAAAAGGAUAGCCUUUUCUAACCAUCCGUUUCUCACCUUCACAAGGCAUUUUUUUGACCACCUUUGUCCAUUUUCUCUUUUUUCAUUUUUGUGAAUUUUUCCAACAAUUGGUCAUGAAAAAACGCUGAAAGGUUUUUUUUAAAGGAGUUUUUUUUUUUUCAAAAUCUGAUCUAGGUACUUCUAUAAUGUAUAUCACUUCAUGGAACUUUUUCAGAUUCUCUAAAUUCUUGUUAUUUUCUUUUUUUUGCGGUUUCCAGACAUUGCAGAAGGCAGUAAGACUAGGGAAUCUUUAAAAAAAUCUAUAAAGAGAUAGGAAAAAAAUUAAAAUCGUGAGGAAGGUUUUUAUACCUUAAAAAAAUAAGAAAGUUAAAAGGAACUUCCAAUUUUUUCAGACUACCUCCUGCUACCGAACCUUCUUCCCAAACCAGACUCCGAUCGGCUGCAGCGAAGACAGCAGCCCCAAACUCUGCUGCGACGUCCGUUUCAGCCCCUUCAAGUAUAUUUGUCCCUUCUCUAACCUCUCAAUCUUGUCUUUUCUUCAGAAACAUGACCUUCCUUGCGGUGAAACUGGAGCAACCAACGACUUAUGCGACUUUUGUCUAUACCGCCUACGAUUAUGUCAACGGAAGAUGGGUUGAAAAGGAUAAAAGUACGAUCAGGUCGCAGUUGGACGGCGGCACUCAGGAUAGGUUUUUGGAAAUAAGCUUAUUCAAUAAUUUGGAAAUGUUCAGGCAUCUCGACGCCAUGAGGAGGAUCUCCCUGGCCGUGACUUCGGGCGGUCGGGCCACACAUCAAUUGGAAACGGGAAUGUACUUUGCCCGAGCGGCUCCCGGAGGCGAGAUGGAGGAGCUCCGGAGGCAGCCUUUGAACGAAAUAUCCGACAAUAAGUUAGUUUCACAGGGCCAUUGGAUACUUCUUGAUGUGCCAGACAAAGAUCAUGAAGUUAAACCUGCGAAAUUUCUUAAUUUUCGAAAAAAGUUACCUGAAAGAUAAAGAAAAAAAAAAAAAUAACUAUUGAAACGGCCCGUUACCCAUCGUUCUACUAAGAAGUGUUGCAGUCAGCUUCAUUAAAACGUUCAGCUUCGAUCGGCUCGGAUGGUAUAGAAUGGACGAAACCGGCCGCUUUCACGUCAACAACGGCGUCGUCAAAAUGGACGAUAUUCACAAGGCCAAGGUCAAAAACUGCCGCGAGCAAACGUAUCGAAGCAUCCUGUCCGCUAAUAAUUAUGUUGGUUUUUUUUCUGUUUUUUGCCUGCGGCUUUCGCUUCAGAUUUUUAUUUCCUUCCAAGUUACAGAAUUUUCCAGUAAGUUUUAAAUGAAUAUAUAGUCUGUGUACUACGACUUGGAAUUUCACCAAACGACAUUCCGCUUUGCCGCUGCGCGCCUUUGAGAACAUUGGUCGCGCUUUUCAUUUUUUUUUUCUUACUCUACUUUCAUGUGCUCCCACAGCAAUAACAAUAAAUUGAAAGCAUGACCAAGAUUCGAAAGACGCUUCGCGAACGCACGCAGCGGAAUAGCGGAAUGUCGUUCGGUGAAAUUUCAAGUCGUGGCACAACGACUAUAGUUUUGGAAAAAUAUAGCUGAACGAAUAAAAUUGUAAAAAGAAUGAAAAACUUUUUACACACAUGAUCCCUGGGAAGAACCUAGAAAUGUACAGAAUAGUACGGCAUGGUCUAGAAUCACUUUGAUAUGAGAACUGAGCUCCAUUAUUUUUUAAAAAGUGGUUUUCAAGAUGCCUGGCCAUUUCAACAUGUCUCGGCCGUUGGAAAUGAUGCUGCCUUGGAUUCAAAGCGCCCGGAUUUACGACGGAAAUGCGCGCCAAGCGAUUGUGACACACGCCGAGGGAUCCAACCUACAUGUUACUCUACACUGUAAUUUUUUAAAAUAUGAAUUUAACAGUUUAAAAAUGGAAUAUUCCAGUGGACGAUGAGAUGGAUGGCCACAGUUUGGUGUUCUUCCACAAUGCCUCGAGAAUCCGGGAUUUCAGUGGCACCAUCAUUGUUGAUUCUAGGAGUAAUAGGUAAGAAACAGGGGAAAAAAAUUAGGGAUUGAUGGAGGGGAUCAACUGGGACAAGAAAAAGGUGACCUCUAAGAGCUUAGAUUCUUCAACCUCACUGUCUACGACGCGUCGGGAAAAAUUGACGGAUCCGUGAAAUAUUCCACGGAAAAUAUAGCCAGCAACAUUCACACGUUCACCACUUACGUCAGCGAUCUUCAGGUGAAAUUGUGGACCUUUUGAAUUAGUCUUUUUUUUGUUUCAGUAGCUUUUCCAUGCUUCUGGCUCAUUUUAAAAAAAAACGUCAACCUCCUUUUUAAUCAACAUGUUUCAGGCUACAAACCGGUCAAUGAUUGUCCCACUGCCGGCUGUAGUGGAAGCGGGUCCGCGGAUGAUUUGUCUAAGGGCCGAUGAGAUGCAAGAACGAGACGCUCUUUGUAAGGUCGUCGAAUAUCAUGAGAGUCCUUUGGAGGUAACGAACAGAAACAAAAAUCAGAAUAGAACGUUGAAUUUCAGAUCGAUUUGGUCGAGGGAAAAUGGCACGAAAUGGUUGGCAGUUGUCCAACUUGCAAUCAGGUCAACUUCAACGGCAUCAUGAAGUUUGUUCUUUUAAGAACAAGAUAAACUCUAGUUUUGUUUGAAUUCAUAAAUCUGGGCUUUUUUCAGGUUCCUCAACCCGGGAGCUUGGAUCAAAGGCAUCUCGUCACUGGGCGACGGCGUCAUGUUGGUGACGGACCUGGUGGUGUACCUGGGCGUCCUGAUCGUCCUCUACCUCCUCAUCACCAAACUCAUCAUCCCGCUAGUCCGCUGCUGGGCCUGCCCGCUCAGCUUCCUCUCCUCGUCUUCUUCAUCGAGCAAGAAGAAGAAGUCGAAGACGUCACGGCGACGUUCCGAAUCUCGGUCGCCUUCUCCAGAAUCCGCGACGUCAUCGGCAUCGCUACCGCGACGACGUCUACAGAGACGAAAACUAUAUUUAAAUUUGACGUCAGUUUGA